UUAAAUGUUCUUGCAUUAGAAAAGUAGAAAUCAUUGAUGCCGCAUGACCAAAAUGUAUGAGGGUCAAUAAUUUGGGGCGUUUUUGUGAUGGAUAGCGCUCCGGUCACCGAUAAAUCACUUGCUUCCUCAACAUCUGGACAUGAUAUUUCACUCGCAACCCGUGGCAUUGCGAAGCUUUGGACAAAGAGCAGACAAACUGAGAAAGAAGAGGAUGAUGACGACGACACAUUUGCUGAUAUUCAAUCACACCCAACUCCCAAUUGCGCACCGGUGAUUUUGAACUUUAGGCUAUAGCUAGGAUUUAGAGAUGAAAAUGGGUUUUGAUAUUUUCCCUGUUAGUAAAAAGGUAAUGAUUAAUAGCAUGUAGAGCAUCUCAUUUGAUCCACAGGCGGGGUGUUUGACAAUUCAUGUCAAACACUGCUGGGAUUUCAAGAGCUCUACUCUUUUAAAGAAAGGCACCCAGGGCAUCGUCAGGUUGAGUGUAGGGUUAACAAUGAAGUGCACCAUGCUGCAACUCUACAAGGACCCUAAGGCUGAAAACUCACCGUUCCCCCUCAGCUUCAAUGAGUGGAAGUACUUCUCCAUAAAGAUUCCAUGUGACAUCGAAAACUCCUCGGGGGCCAGUGAUGUUCAGCAGCUUGAUUUGGAGCUGAUUGUCUUUGAGCAAGACGCCCGCGUUCCCAAACUCAUAGGCAAGAACUACAUUAAGCUAGUGGAUAUCCUCAAUAAAACAGCAGUGCCUCAGCAGGUGGAACUGAGACAUAAACGACAGGUCAUCUGUAAGCUUGAGUUGGAUUUGGUGAUGGUCUAUGGAAGCCUGGGUUAUGGAUACUCCCAUCAGUUGAUUCACCCAAAGAAGAACUUGGAGGGGGUUGUGGAGCGGUCCAUCUUUCUACGCUGUCUUCCUCCAGACCAUCGCAAAGAUUCCCACUUUAAUGUGAUCACCCCGAUACCAGUGCCAUACACUGACUUCGUAGGAGCCUUGUUGAAAAGAGACGCCACUGGUUUUACAAAGACGUCCAUCAGCCUGCCUGGAGUCCCUCCCAUCGUCAUGGAGAUGCUGGAGAAAAGGGGCAGGAUUCUACAGCUGCAUGAAGCUAUGGAGGCCUGUCAGUCAUCGGAGGAGGAAGUCAAGUUCCUGGAAAAGCUGGUGAUGAGGAAAGGACCUCGAUCCGAAACCACCUGGAGGAUGAACAAGACAGGCAAAGGUCUCUCCAAAUGGAAGACAGCAUCCCCCAUGAUCUCUAACGUGAUGAGUUUUGCUCACUCUGCCAAAAAGGACAUGCCUGACGAUCAAAUCCCCAUGACAGCUCCAACUCUGAUGAAGAGUGUCCCUGUUUCACAGGCAAGCUGCUGAAAUGCAAAGGCUCAUUAAACCAUGACGAUACGACGAUGUGGAUGAUAC